AUGUUGUUGGAUGGCAUAUACCCCCUGCAUCCUGCUCGGAAGUGCUCACUGCCCCGCACCGAAAGCAAUGCUGGCAGAAUUCUUCUCCCCGCUCACGGCAGCUGGAACACCUUGGUCGAGGGCGUGGCGCUGGAAACCGCUGCGGUGCAUAGCCCUGCUGGAACUGGGACGUACCCGCUUGAUCCACGGACGGUGGGUGGGGUGGUACCUCGGCUCCGGGUCUUCAGGUGGGCGGCGGUCAGCCGAUGCAUACUCAUGCCCCAAGAUCUGUACUGUGGCUGA